AUGGAUUCACAUUCUGACUUAGUAGAAUUUAUUGCACUUUUGACUGAAAAUGAAACAACUUCGGUGACGGGACAAGAUUUUAAUGAAACUCAUACGAGCAGUGACGUGCAAGAUUCUAGUCAAUUAAUUGAAAUGCACUGUCUUGCACUGUACAAUCGAACUAUUGAUCGUGCGGUGCAUUUCCACGACGCUGUCAUUUUAGAUUUUGUUGAAGAUUCAAGUGAAGAAGAUGACCUCAAGGUCAAAGUAUUAUAUGGUCAUCCUCCAGAAGCAGCAAUGAGACCUUUGGUGGUUUAA